CAGACGGAAUUAAGAUCAUGACAGCGCACGAAAUAUGGACGACCAAUCCAGAUUUCUCGUGGACACGUAUGAGCUGGCUGCUGAUGUUGGACGGUGUCACUUACUACGGACAGAACAUCACGGCAUUCUCGGUGUUGUUCCUGGUCUCACCUGUCUCCUAUUCGAAAUUUGUGUAA